CUCCGGGAGAGGAACCCAAACCCCGAUUGGCGGCUGGUUUUUCCAACACACUCCACGCAGCCUCCUCGGCAGUUGGCUCUCACCCAAGGCACCAUGCUCUGCGUUCGCAAGUGCUGGAUACCCAUAUUCAUUUGUAUAUAGUAGUAGCCUGUGCAUAUAGCUCUCGUUGUUCCCAGCCAAACUUGGUGUGUAGAUUUUGUAAAGGAUCUAGCCUGUCUGUCUCAUAGAAACCAAGUUUAAAGGCCGAGCUAUCCUCACGAAGAAAACCAAGUAUGGUCUCCGCAUUAAACUUGUUCCUAGCUACUACUGCUGUCGCACUGACGGCGAUCGGCGUCCCGACGGCGAGAGGGAGCGAACCCGACGUUGGGCGGCGUGAUGAGGAAAACCAGCAACGCAUCACUCCCGACGGCUUCCCACACGUCCUAGGCUACGAAAGGAUAGAUACAUGGCGUGAUAGCAGCGUCGAUCCUUGUCAAGACUUUUACCGCCAUGCGUGCGGGGGCUUUCAGCAGCGGUAUCAGAGCAUACCGAACGCUACGGUGUUCUCUAUGAUGGGCAAGAGUAGUGCGCUUCUGAUGGAGCGAGCACUCUCCGGGAAGAAAAAAGGCAUCACAAAGCCAGCACCGGAUAGUGCAUUGUUUGAGAAAGCCAGAACAUACUACUCGUCAUGUGUCGACUCCAACACCAUCAAAGAGCGCGGAUUUGCGCCCAUCAUUCCAUACGCCCAGGAUCUCCUGGAUUAUGCCGUGAACAGCAGAUCCCUGCCUCAACUGUUCAGUCGUCUGCAUCAGACAGGCGUGUAUGCGCUGUUUGUCACCAGCUAUGCGAAAGUCACAGGACACGCGGCAAAAGACUUGGCCCUCCAGUUCAAUCCCGCCCCUGCACAUCAGGUUGCCCCGCACACGGUAAAGAAAGUCCUGGCCGCUUUCAUCGACAAUAGUGUCUUGCAACUCCCGCCCGACGCGAAUUUGAAUGAUAUCGUAGAGUGGAUCGUAGCCAUCGAAACAGAGGCGAAAAAGUUCAUCGAAGCGCUGGAUGCUGGUCAGGUCGAGGGGGACGGCCUCAAGAAGGCCCAAUUCCUAUCGGUAGAGGAUCUCAGCCGUCGGACCAACCAGGACUGGUCGAUCUACAUCAAUGCAAUGAACAUGACUGGGGUCAAUCAGAUCUACUUCUAUGGCGAAACAGACAUCUGGAUCGACACCAUCAACUCCCUCCUGGACUACAACCCAAGAGAUUUCCAAUACUACCUGCUCUGGAAGUUGGGGGCCGCACAUUUCAACAAGUUGGCGCCCGAGUACUUCAACAUUUGGGCCAAAGAGAUCAGAGGGAUGAUCUCGUACGCGGAUUACGUCGAUGAGCGCCACUUGUUGCGGGCUGGUCAUCAAACGGAGUGCGUUCGAGAGACUGGGGUUCAGUUGAACUACUUGUCUGCGCAUAUGUUUGCGAAAUAUGCGCUCAAUGACACGCAAAAGGCCGCCGCAAAGGUAAUGGUGGACAGGCUUCUGAACAGCUUUGGAACGAAGCUGGGCGAGUUGAGCUGGAUGGACGACAAGACGAAACAGCACGCACGCGAAAAACUUCAAAACACCGUCUCGGUUGUGGGAUACCCCGAUUGGUUGAUGGACGCCAACCUUGUAGAGCAGUACUACGCGCCAUUGCGGAUCGAGAGAGGUCGAUACUUUGAGAACGCCGUCCAAGCGCAGACCUUCGCCUACUUUGCCCCCUCGAUCAAGCAAGUGGGCAAAGCUGUUGAUCGUUCGCAAUUGUUUCAAGGCUACGCGUGGGAAUUCAACGCGUUCGCGCUGCUGGACUCUGUGCAGAUCCAGAUCAACCCGGCCUUCUUGCAGCGACCGCUCUAUUCGGCUAGAAACCCGCAGUCGCUGAACUACGGAAGCCUGGGAAUGGUCAUUGGGCACGAGAUCACGCACGGCUACGGGGCGGUUGGCUGGCUGUACAAUAAAGAUGGCGAACACCAAGACUGGUGGACCAAAAAAUCCCUCGCGGCCUUGACCGACGGCGCAACCUGCUUCAGGGAGCAGUACGGAAAUUACACCGUCACGUUAUCGGACGGCUCAUCGCGACCUGUUGACGGCGCCCAGACGGUGGGCGAGAACAUUGCUGAUAAUGGCGGGCUAGCGGUUGCGUACAAGGCGUGGCGCACUGCCGAGUCGAAAGCAUUAGGAGUGUCGGAGGACGAGCUGAGCAAGAAGGAAGAGCCUGGGUUUGGCGGCCUGACGAAGGAUCAGCUGUUUUUCCUGGGCUUUGGGCAGACGUGGUGCACUAAUCAGGAUGAUGCGGCUUUGAAGUCUGCGUUGGCGAAUGACGUACAUGCGCCAGGGCAAGCCAGGGUAGUAGGUCCCUUACAGAACUCCGAGGAGUUUGCACGGGCCUACAACUGCCCUCUCGGCUCACCGAUGAACCCACGACGCGCGGAAGGCAGAUGCUCCUUGUACUAGUAUCAGAGGACAAAUGCAAUGUCUGCACGCAUGGUGUCUUUGCUCUCCUGUUUCUUUUUGGGAUCAACGACAUUGAUGGAAGGGGUGGGGUGCAUUUGCCCGCGAUUGCGGGGCUACGGAACGAUGAUGGAUGUAUUAUAGUUCACUUUUUCUGUUUGCUCACUCUUCUGUCGCAUCUCGACUUGUAAAUACCCAUGGUAAUUAACCGCAUCUUGCAUGCUGAGGCCGUUCGAUAUGCCGUACACCUUUCCUCUUGAACGCUGGAAGCCCAGACCUCAUCAAGCAGAGAGUGACA